AAGAAAAAAGGACGUUUCUUUCUCAGUCACAACAAAGAACAAACUGGGCAAAAUCAGUGUCCUUCAAGCAGCGACGCCGCACUCAGUAGUCAGAAGUCGGUACAGUCUCAGCCACAGCGUCAGCGUCAGCGCACUUUCAAUUUCUGACAAGUCAUGGCUUUCUCCGCCGUAACAAAACGCUCUCGCUCUAUCGGAGCCAUCCUCUUCAACGCUAGGCUCUUCCCAAAUUCCACUUGUAGAAGUAGAAGUAGAAGAUUCACCACCGAAACUUCUUCAGCUUCGAAUCAAACGAAUCUGAUAAAGCAAUUGAGGGAACGAACGAGCGCGCCCAUAAAGGACGUGAAGGCCGCACUGAUGGAAUCCAAUUGGGACAUCGAGGCUGCCCAGACUGAGCUCAGGAAGAGAGGCAAAGUACUGGCGUCCAAGAAGUCCGCUCGUUCAGCCACCGAGGGUUUGCUCGCUCUCGCUCUCUCUCACACUCCCACUCACAAUAGGGCUGCUCUUAUCGAACUCAACUGCGAGACCGAUUUCGUCGCCAGGAACGAUAUUUUUCAGCACUUGGCUUUGUCUUUGGCGAAGCAGGCUUUGCUGGUGGAAAGUGGUACUCAGGCUCAGCUGGGUUUUGGUGCUGGCGGGUUUCAUGUUGGACCUGAGACUCUCGAGGAGUUGAAGUUAAAUCUUGAACAUCCAAAGAUUAGUGGAGAAACAACUGUUCAUAAUGCAAUUACUGAAGUGGCUGCAAUGAUGGGAGAAAAUGUCAAACUUAGAAGGGGAUUUGUGAUGUCUACAUCUUCAAAUGGUGUUCUCUCUACCUACCUCCAUACCAGUCCUCAACCAGGUUUGGGUCGUAUAGCUGGAAUUUUAACUCUUGAAGUAGAGGAUGGAAAUUCUCAACUGGAGGCUCUUCAGCGUGUUGGAUCAGAAUUGGCAAUGCAUAUAGUAGCAGCCAAGCCAUUGUUCUUGACUAAGGAACUUGUUUCUUCUGAUGCAUUGGAAAGUGAAAGGGAAAUUCUUAAGUCUCAGGCUGAAACCAGUGGGAAGCCUCAGAUGGCCAUAGAAAAAAUGGUAGAAGGUCGACUUCGUAAAUACUUUGAGGAUGUUGUUCUAAUGGAGCAAAAAUUUGUUAUGAAUGAUACCAUAAAUGUAAAGACGCUGUUAAAUAAUCUAUCCAAGGAAGUAGGCUCACCUGUGAAGAUAGGGAAUUUUUUCAGGAUGGAAGUUGGAGAAGGAAUUCAAAGGCUGGAAGAAUCGACUGCAUCUGAACCUGUGGCUCAGGCUGUUUAAUGUAAGUUUUGGCAGGUGAUAAAUAUUGUUGCGAUGGUGAAGAAUGACAAAGUAUGCUUAGUGGCAGUUAGUAGAAACUACAAAGCUCUAACAUUCUGCAUGUAAAUGACCGACUUUAUCGAGACAGGAGAUCCUCUUUAGGUUGAAUGAACCCCAUGAUACUCUCGUAAUUCCUAUGGCAAGUGUAUUAGAUGGAAAUAUUCUUAACGCAAUCAACCACCUUCAGCUCCUCACCCAUGGUCCCCAUUAUUCAAUUGUAGCAAAACUUUAAGAUAUCAAGCUCUACAUGAAGGGUAGAGGUUUUGUUUAGUACUCCUGUGUACUUAACGAGGCUAACCUGUGAUUAUUUUUGAACACAUAUCAUCUCUGACUGUUUGUGUCUUGCAA